GAAUACCCUGGUUUAAAACAAAACGGAGAGAAUGAAAGGGUUUUAGGGUUUAGGCCAGGGUUUAAAAUCCCAGUCAUUGAAGAACCAAGGGAUUGCUGUUCCAGACUCCAGAGAAGAAAUCCCAAGCUUGGAAAUGGCGACUACGAUUUGGAGAACCAGUUUAGCAAGAAACGGAGUUGGCUAUCUCACUCAGCUAUGCCGUCAGACCCAUCUCACUCAUCGCACAGCUUCUUCCCCUUCUCUUCCAUCUCGAAUCUCCUCCCUCCGCCACUUCCGAUCUAGUCGCGAUCCUAUCUCUAGGAAUUAUGAGAUUAUUCCUCCGAUGAAUUGGGGGAUUCGCAUUGUGCCGGAGAAGAAAGCCUUUGUGAUAGAGAGAUUUGGAAAGUACGUUAAGACACUUCCCUCUGGAAUUCAUUUCUUGAUCCCCUUCGUUGACCGCAUUGCUUAUGUGCAUUCCCUCAAAGAGGAGGCUAUUAACAUUCCUGACCAAUCUGCUAUCACUAAAGAUAAUGUCACUAUCCUCAUUGACGGUGUUCUCUACAUCAAGAUUGUGAAUCCUAAGCUAGCUUCUUAUGGAGUAGAGAAUCCCAUUUAUGCUGUCAUUCAGCUGGCACAAACGACUAUGCGUAGUGAGCUUGGUAAGAUUACCCUUGACAAGACAUUCGAGGAAAGGGACACGCUGAAUAAGAAGAUUGUGGAGGCCAUUAGUGUGGCUGCUGAAAGCUGGGGGCUGGAAUGCCUUCGAUAUGAAAUACGGGAUAUCUCUCCUCCACGUGGAGUGAGAGCCGCUAUGGAGAUGCAAGCAGAGGCAGAGAGGAAAAAGAGAGCUCAAAUUCUUGAAUCUGAAGGAGAGAGACAGGCCAACAUCAACAUUGCUGAUGGUAAGAAGAGUGCAGUGAUCCUAGCAUCAGAAGCUGCAAAGAUGGAUCAUGUCAAUAGAGCUAAAGGUGAGGCUGAAGCUAUCUAUCUUGUGUCAAAAGCCCUGAAAGAAAUUGGAGGAGCAGAGGCAGCAAGUUUAAGGGUUGCAGAGCAAUAUAUUCAUGCUUUCAGUAACAUAGCCAAGGAGGGAACGACAAUGUUGCUUCCUAGCUCUGCAUCCAAUCCUGCUAACAUGAUGGCUCAGGCCCUUACUAUGUAUAAAAGCCUGCUUGGUAAUGUUUCCGGAAACAAAUCUUCUUCAACGUCAGGGCAGUUGGAAGGAAAUGAUUCCUCUGGCGAGGGUAAAGAUGAGGGUACUGCAACUGCUACUUCAGCUCUGGAAGACCCAGAUCAUCAUGAAAAAACGGGGUUUUCACUUCAGAGCCCCAAAAGAAGGGAAUAGUCUUUGAUUUUGCAAAAUUUUGCCAUUCUAGUGAUUUGAUUUGAUUUUAGAGAGGGAAGUUGAAGUUUGUUUGGACUAGCAUUGAUCACAGGAUACACAUAGAAUUUAUGACCAUAUUUCUGUCUAUCAUGUAUAUUCGUAUACUGCUACUCCUUGUUUACUUCCUUAAAUAAUUCUUGCUGCACCAUUGUUACAAA